AUGGCGAAAGCAACCAUGAAGAUGCCAACGUACUGGUAUUCGGUGAAGAGAAAUGAUGUUGCGCCUGUAGCAUUCAGGAUCUGGUUACCAAAAAUCUCGGUAUGCAAACAAAAUAAGAAAACAAUAAUUACCUUCGGAGAUGGCAGAUUGGAUGUCAGCGCACUUGCGAACUACGGAAAGAUCGUUGAUGCCUUCCUCCUCCGAGAUGAGAGAUUCGGUAAACCCACUUUUCCCAUCGGCGAAGUUGGAUUUGCCGUCGGCAAGUUUCACCUUGGCCACCAGCAGCCAUUGAAAGAGGGCGAAAGCUAUGCCGACAACGGCACAAAUUGGGAUGAGAAUUUCGGAGCCCAGAUCUGGGAGCAGCGUACCCUCGCCCAUUACUUUUGCUUUCUCGAACGUCAUCGAUAUGCACAUCCAAAUCUACUGGGGCCGGUCGAUGCGCGUCGGGCGCUGGUGUACGAGUCACUUGUGCGUCGGAUGCUGGCGUGCGGGUGGCUUGUGCGUCAGGCACUGGUGUGCGUCGUGCACUUCGGGCGUUGCGGGAUUCUCGCUGGCCUGUACGGGUCGUCACUGAGUGGAGCAAGUCCUUGUGUCCUUCUGGUAAUUGAACAACCGACCAAAGCCGAGCACCCGACCACCAUCGGCCGCCCAACACUGCUGCAACACGACCCGCGUCCACCGGUGACACCAUCUCUGCAUCCCACGAGCUCUCAGUGCCCGUCCCGAUGGCCUGCUACACCUGCUCGCGUCCAAUCCCCGCUCGCCGAGACUAGCGUGUUCCCAGCUCCACGACAUCGUUACCCGUGA